AUAAACCCUCUGUGGUCAGACAUUCACUUCCUUUAGACACGCAGUGUAGAGAGGUUCAUCUUUAGAAAUAGACAUUUGGACUUCUAGCGACUACAUUUAGAGAGCAGCUCAAUGGCAAACAGCUCACGGGCUGAGUUCAACAUUUCUCACCUGUGCCAAACGUCCGCUACAAGUAUAGUCCUUCCUGUUAUGUACACCCUGAUGUUUUUAAUUGGACUGCCUGGCAACACGCUAUCUCUAUGGGUGUUCAUGAAAAAGAUCGCCAUCAAAACAUCUACCCACAUAUACCUGAUAAACCUAGGGAUCUCAAACCUGAUUCUCUGCCUAACCAUGCCAUUUCUGGCUAUAUACUAUGCAAAUGGAAGAAAGUGGGCUAAAAACAAUACCAUGUGCCAAAUAGCAAUCAACGGUUUAACCCCUGUGCUCCACAUCAACAUCUGCAUUGGCGUCAUGAUACUAAGCUGGGUGGCCCUGAGUCGCUUUGCCUCGUUGAUUCAGCAUUCACACGCCAACCGCCCAAGCAGGUGGCUUAAAGUCCUACCUCGUGCCUUCCUCAGUAGAAAUCGGCAUGCAAGAUUGGCCCACGCAUUGUGUCUGGUCACCUGGGCUAUUGUUGUACUUUGUGUGAUACCCUUUGUGGUGCAAUACUCAGUCAGGGUGACUGCGAACGUGGAGGAUGUUAGAAAAGUGUGUUACAGCGCUGCGGUGGAGGUGGGCGGAGCUGGAUCUCACGUCUUUGCUUUAGUGGCCGUCUCGCUGUUCUUCGUCUUCUUCUUGUUGGUGUUGGGCUCCUACAUGGCAGUGAUCAGGCACAUCUGGAGGUCCAAAAAAAGCGUGGCCAUUUCUGAUACACAGAGAGUCUACGCCAGAGUUUUUCGGAAUAUCGUGAUCAUCAAGCUGGUGCUGGUGGUCUGUCUUUUGCCGCAUCACAUCUAUAAAGCAAUCUUCAUUCACAUGGUCAAGGAACAAUCUCUGUCUGAGUCACUCCCAAGUGAUGCUUGCCAUCCACUUUCGGUGCAUGUGGAGAUUAAGAAUAUGCUUCUGUGUUUAGCGACUCUGCGAUGUUGCACAGAUCCAGUCAUGUACUUCAUGCUGGACAAAACCUUUCGUAGGCAUGCAAAUGGCCUGUUGAGAUUAUCCCCAAGCGCACAUGAGAGCCAUUCAUCCAAAUCCAAUGGAGGACAACUCUCUCAAGCAACAAGCAGGGAUCUGUAGACAUUACUAAAUUAACUGAAGACAUUACAUGUCGACACAUAUCUGUAGCAUUCUGGAGUUUCAAAUGAUAAAACCUUCCUGUCAGAUGAACAUUCCUGUCAGUACUUUGCACCUUAAAAACAAGCUUUUAUUACCGUCAGACGAUAUUCCCCAAUAAGUCAUGUUUAAAUGUUGUUUUCAUAACUCUUAAGCAAAUGAAAUAAGUAGUUGUAAAAAGUGAGAUGUUAAUAGCAGCUCACGUGGUGUCUCCUGCAUCUGCCAUGCUAUCUUUUAACUGGCUGCAGUUAGCGAAGUUAGAAGCGGUUGACUCGCAGCACUCAACACGUAUGUUUUUUUUCUGCUUGGCAAGCCGACCUGAUGACAAUGAUGUAUCUUUUCAUUACUAUUUUGCUGUUAUCUACUUUCUAAAAAAAAGUCAAACAAAGGAUUAUUUGUAUAAUUUACAGUCUAAGCUUUGUUUCCUACUUCAAAUCAUUUCCUAAUAUAUUCUAUUUAAGUCCAGUUCCUGAUUCUUAUAACAGAGAACGGAAGUAAGCAACACAAUCAGCACUUGUAAUUCACUAAUAAAUAAAUCAGGGACAUUUUACUUUCAACAUGUGCAUAUGUUAGAGAAACAGCAUCAUAGAUAAUGAUGUAUGAUGAUGAAGAAGGUUUAAUCCACCUUUGGGAUGACAGCACCAUUAAAGGCCAUUACAGUAAAUAUUACAGUCUGUCAAGCACUUCAAGGGCAAAUGUCAGCAUCAUCACUCUUAUACAAAGCAAAGUGCAAGAUGAGAGUUCUCCAUCAUGACAUCAUAAGGAGAGCCAAAUUUCAAUUACCAAAUUUUCACAUGCUUGCAGAGAAUGGUUUACUAUAACUUAGUUACUGGAUUGUUCUUUUUCACAUUUUCUAUGUUGAUAGAAGCACUAGGAACCCAAGUCACGGUUACAUCACAACAGGAAAUGCAGCUGUGUUGAAAAACGAAGAUAAUA